AUGGCAAGAUUUGCGGGCUCUAGAGUCGUUGUUACGGGGCUAGGUUGCUACACAUCUAUAGGGUCCAGUGUCAAAGAAUCGUGGAAUGGUCUUCUCAGAGGUCAAUCUGGUAUCCAAAAACUCCAGAACUUGGAUGAAUUUGAUUCUAAAUACAAGGACUUAGGAAAAUUUAUUCCUCCGAACGUUGCAGUAGGGAAAGUAGGAUUUGAUGCUAAGAAAUAUCCUAUAUUAUCUUCACAAGAUGUCCGGCGAACGGCUACUUUCUCUCAGGUUGCAAUUGUGGCUGCAGAGGAGGCCCUUGUUGAUGCAAAGUUGCUAAACGAGCCCACUGGUAGGCUUAUUGACGGUAUUAAUCCCGAACGGGCAGGUUGCAUUAUUGGUACUGGAAUUCCGUCAGCAUCGGAAAUGUACGAAGCUGCGUCAGCUCUUCAUGGGACAGGCCGAUCUUCUGUCUCUCCGCUUUUUAUCCCUAAGUUCCUCAAUAAUAUGGCUUCCGGAAACAUAAGCAUCAAGUUUCAACUCAAAGGUUUGAGCAACAGUCCAUCCACGGCCUGCGCAACGGGUAACAACGCCAUUGGAGAUGCCUAUAAUUUUAUCAAGCUAGGAUAUGCAGACUUUAUCGUUGCAGGUGCUAGUGAGAUGAAUGUCCAUCCCCUGACCCUUGCAGGAUUUUGCAAGGCGAGGAGCAUCUCUUCAAAUGGUGUCUCAAGACCAUUUGACACCAACAGGGAUGGCUUUGUAUUAGGAGAAGGCUGUGGUAUUUUGAUUUUGGAAUCCCUAGAUCAUGCCAAGAAGCGUAAGGCCAAAAUACUUGCAGAGGUUGUCGGGUACGGACUCAGCACGGAUGCCUAUCACAUUACAUCGCCUUUGGAAAGCGGUGAUGGCGCGCGUCGUGCAAUGGAUAUAGCAGUCAGACAAGCAAUGGCAUGGGAAGAUAGGCACAAGAUAGGCUAUGUAAACGCGCAUGCUACCAGUACAUUACUUGGCGAUCGAGCGGAAGCUCGCGGCAUAAAACAAAUAUUUGGCUCACAUGACGUCGCUGGCGUACCACUUGAUAAGAAUCACACAUUGGUGAGUAGUACAAAAGGUCAUAUUGGUCACUUGCUUGGGGCAGCUGGCGCUGUUGAAGCCCUAUUUACAGUCAAGGCCUUAGUUGAUGGUAUUAUCCCCCACACGUUGAAUUUAGAGACAGUCGGGGGUGCUAAAGGGGACGAAAAAGAAUAUUUUAAUGGGCUUAAGUUCGUUAAGGAUCGGCCUAUGACUGCAGAUAUAGAAUAUGCAAUGAGUAACAGUUUUGGAUUUGGUGGCAUCAACACUUCACUUUUAUUCAAGAAAUUUCAGGACUUCUAG